AUGAUACGCACGGAAAGCCAUAACGCCGGAUUCCGCUACAUUAAUCCAGAGGGGGUGCAAUCCUUGCAUAUUGAUCCGGUGGGAGGGUCCGGAAGGAGUUACUACCUUUACGCCGCAGCGGAUGAUCCGUCGGCUACAGAGAUUGUGGCAAGAACGCCCUUGCUUGAAGUGGGCUCCCCACGGGCUUUCGAACUGGUUUCGACAUCACUCAUCAACUGCAUCAAGAACCACUCCGCAUGUAUGAGCCCGGCUCUGGAUCAAAGCCUCCCGACACGUGUCAUUGACUGCAAAGAUCCUGCGCAUCCUAAGCUAUUUGUCAGCAGAGGGACUAGGUCCCCAUACGUCGCACUCAGCUACGUUUGGGGCGAAGCGCAGCCGUACUGCACCACAAAAAGCAACGUGAGCAGCUAUUCCACUCAUGGAAUCGACAUCCGCGUUCUUGGGCGAACGAUCCGCGAUGCAAUUCAAGUAACACACCGUCUCCGCCUCCGCUAUUUGUGGAUAGACGCCCUGUGCAUCAUACAAGACUCAGAUGAAGACAAAGCCAACGAGCUGGCGCAAAUGGGGAACAUCUACCGAGAUGCCUACCUGACCAUCAUCGCGUCCAGCGCGACAAAGGCAAGCGCAGGCUUUCUUGAGACCCGCGCACCAGCACCAGAGUAUGCAGAGCACCUGCGCCUCCCGUUCCACUGCCGCGACAGCCGCGUUGGCAGCAUUUUCGUCUACACGCAAGACGGUCCCGCGUUUCUCUAUGACGCGUUGAGGGAACCGGUGAACAGCCGCGCGUGGUGCUUCCAGGAGCGGCUCCUCUCUCCGCGGAAGCUAGUGUAUGCCAGCGACACAGUGCAGUACCACUGCCAGACAGCUCAGGCCGACAUUGGGGGCGCCAUCAGCGGGAAGCCAAUCGGCGAGCAGCUACAUGACAUCAUGUACGAAACGACAAGCGGGGUCGAUAUCACAACUCGCCUAUCGACGUGGGCACCAAUUAAUUGGGAAAGCCUACACGAACUAUGGAGCGUGGUCGUGUCAAACUAUACGCGGCGCUCCCUGACGAACCAGGAAGACAAACUACUCGCGUUCGCAAGUGUCGCGGAGCAGUUCGAUCGUAUCUGGCGGAAGCGAGCGGGGAAGUAUCUUGCAGGGUUGUGGGAGGAGCGCCUGCCGGAUGACCUGCUGUGGUCUCGCUCAACCCUGCCGGAUGCAUUGCCAGCCGAGGAUAUAUUGCGGCCGAGGCUGGAUCGCUCUUUUGCCCCAUCCUGGUCUUGGGCAUCUACUGACGGGAACGUGCUGCCCAGUGAUGCCGACUGGAAGGAGCUUGGUGACGCAAACUGUGUUUGUGAGGUCGUGAGAUGCCACAUUGCCCUCAGAGAUGUGAAGCUACCGUACGGUCAUCUUGAUGCCGCGCAUUUGCAGUUGCGCGCCAUCACAGUGCCGGCGCCGUGGGUAGUAUUUCCAGACGUCGGGUCAGCGAUCUAUCUGAGCUUGUACAUGCCUACCAACCUCUUGCGCAGCCGAAUUGCGGCAAAUCAGGACAGUGUGUCAAUUGUUGGAACUAUAUUGAAGCAGAGCGACAAAGGGGAGUUGACUACCGAAGAGGUAAUACUGGACACCGGCCGCUCGAACGGAGAAUUACUGGCAUUCGACGCGAACAUGGAAGCAGAUGGCUCGCUCCUGUACUUCAUGGGCGACAUCUCAAUCUUCUUUGAUAGCUCGGAGCAGCCUCCCCUGGACCAGAUAAGCGCCAUUAUCGUAAGACGCUUUGAAGUGGAUGGUGAUCCGGGCGCGAAAGGGCUGUUGCUCGCAGAUGCAGGAGGGGGGAGGUUCAGAAGAAUUGCGUACUGGAUAUCUUUCAUGCAACAAACUCGAAGAGGCGAUGUCGAAUGCAAGGAUCCUCUACCACCGUGGUUUGGUCCCUUCCAAUCAGGAGCAGGAGCGCCGAUUGUGGAACUCAUAUGA